CACUCCUUGUAGGAGAUCGUGAAGGCUAUGAGUUUGUCAUCACGUAAUGGACGAUGAGGGAUGUUUGUUUUCUCCAAAGUCUUAGGCUUAGGCCCAGUUUGCUAUGAUUUUCUGUCCGCGGCUCCUCUGUAAUCGCAUUAAUAAGUGUUGCUCUGAGUGUGAGUGUGGUGUUUUCCUCGGCCUGGUCGCCGAAUGCCGUUUAAGCCCGGGCGGAGGCUUGGUGCAAGGUGGUCGUCGGACAUGCUUCGCUGAUUGCUGACCCCAAAUGAAAGUAUUUUGAUGAAGAGCUAUGAGUAGAAUCGAUAGCCGGGUGGACAGCUUUAACAGCUUGUGUCGUCUCUGUGCGACUUACGAUGCUGUUAAAUUGGAAAUAUUCGGGGAGGAGGGGAAGGAGAGGAGCUUGGUGGAGAAGAUCGAGACCUGCCUACCAUUCCAGAUCUCCCAAGAUGAUUCCCUUCCCAAAUCUCUGUGUUACCGAUGCAUGUACAAUUUAGAAAACUUCUAUGAUUUUCGAAUGGGGUGUGUUAAUGCUGUGGCUCUCUUAGAGAGCUGCCUCCACCCAGAUGGAGGGAAACAUUUGGAUAAAGCUUCAGCUGACAAGAGAGCAAAAAUUAUGAAACAAAUGGGAAAGGAUACCCGGAAAGAUAAAGAAGCAUCUAUGCCACAGCUUGAGCCGGAGGUAAGCAGUACAACACUCUCAUCUUUUGCUUUGGUCUGUGCCUGUUCUCUUUUAAUUUGUUACAUGUCAUCUGUUUUUCAGAUUCCAUUAUCAGCUUCAGUUAAACAGGAAUCAAAUGACAUUCCAAGAGGGAAGAGUAGUGUACCUAAUGAGAAGCAACCCUCAAAGUCUGACUCAGGUAUGCCCAAACUUCCAUCUGCAGUUGAAGAGGAGAGUGGCAAUACUGAUGAUGAUGUAGAAGAAGUUGAGGAUGAUGAGAAUGUUGAGGAGGAGGAUGAUGAAGAUGACGAUGAUGAUGAAGACGAAAAAGUUAUUGAUAUCGAUCCUGCUGAUUAUCUGGAGUCCAAUGUGGCUGUUGAAAUUGAAGAGUCCCAGCAAUCCGGCACCCUGUCAAAAAAAAUCUCUUCUGCAUCUCUAAGUUCUACUCAAAAGUCUUCUGAACCAUGUGAACUAUUUACAUGCAAAGUUUGUGGAAAAGCUUUGUCCAGUAAGGGUCAUCUGUCCUUGCAUCUUCGUAUUCAUGGAGAUGAUCCUUCGGAUAGUCAUUGUCUCAACAGUAGCUCCACCACACCAAGAGGUAAUUCCUCUCAAGGCUCUCAGUACUGUCGCCCAUAUCGGUGCGAUCUGUGCAACAAGAGCUAUUCUUCAUCGAAACAUCUGUGGGGACAUGUUAGUUCAAAUCACAGAGGUGAUCCUGCUGUGACUUGUCCAGAGUGCCAUCGGCUGUUUUCUUCAGUCAAUAAUCUAGAAGAACAUAAGAGAACAAAGCAUGGUGAAAACAUUGGCGAGGGAGCUUCAGAUGAGGGGGCUGAAAUGGACUACAUUGUUUCUCCAAAAACUCCAAGUGGCAGAUCUAAACAAACCAGUGAUGAUGAUGGUCUCUCUCCUAAAAAGAGGUCUUACAGUAAGAAUGAUUCAGAUAGCGAGUUCAAUCAGAAUGGUAAGAGGCCUUCCUCAGAUGAUGCUGGAAACCGAAGAAAGCGUUCUAAGCCAAGGCGAAUUGCCCGCUCUCAUAGUUCUGAGUCCCUGGCAGAAGAAGGGGAUAACGAACCACUCCAAUGUGUUUUGUGCCCUGACAAGUUCCCAGAUGUGGCCCAACUAAUGGAACACACAAAGAAGCAUGAGGAGGAACAUGAGGCAGAGACUCAAGCCAUCGCAGAGGCUCAGGGUCGUUCCAUGAUUAACUCUGAUAGUCACUCUUGCUUCCUAUGUGAGCAAAACUUCACCCUUAGGAGCUCUCUUCACCGCCACCUUCUAAAUGAACAUGGCAUUGAUUCUGAGUUAAUUGAUCAGAAAAUGGAGGUUAACAUCAAGACAGAGUAUAUUGAUGGAGAUGAUGAGCAUGAUCAUCACAUGCUUGCUGAGAGCAUGCUGGAGUCUGAAACGGUGUUCUGCUGUGAGGCCUGCAUUCGUGAAUUUACAGACCGCUCCAGUCUUUGGUUACAUAUGUUGUACACUCACAAAGACGCAGCAGCAACAGCAUGUGGCCUUUGUUUAAAGGUGUGUGGAGACUUGACAAGUUUGGCAUCCCAUAUUCAGACCAGUCACUCCACAAGUCAGUUGCUUGUUGAAAAAAGAAGAUACAGCUGCUCAAUAUGUAUGAGGCAACACGAUUCUCGCAAAAAACUGUUGGCGCAUGUUCUGAUCCAUGAAAUUGGAUCCUCAAAACCAGAGGACCUCAUAAUUCUGAACUCUGAUCUGUAUCAGGCUGAGAAUCAAGUUGAUAUUGAUAACGAAGAACAGGAUAGCCAUGAUACUUCAUUUACUAUUAAUCCUGCUAACAUCUCGGCAAGUUCAGGGAACAAUGCUGCAACAGCAGCUGCAUCUGUUGCAGCAAACUCUCCAUUUGCUUGCCAGAUUUGCUUAAAAAUCUUUCCCAACGAGGAAAAAAUGGUCAAGCACAAGCAAAACGCCCAUCGACAAGAAGCUUCGGUGCAUGCUGCUACUGGAGUUGGCACAUACCAUCUUUUCUUCCGAUGCGAAAUUUGUGGUGUGUCUCAUCAAAGUAAAUCUGAUCGAUGGAAACAUGUUUAUGAGGUACAUGGUGGUGAUCCCAGUGUAACAUGCACUCGUAGUAGCUGUGGUAAAGUAUUCCCCUCGGCUGAAUUGAAUCAGGAGCAUGUCAACCACCACAAAGUUCAAGGAACAACUCCCAACACCUGCGAGAUUUGUGGAAAGUUGUGGAAUUCUCGUGUGGACUAUUGGAAGCAUAUGAUGGGUGUGCAUGCUGAGGUAGUACCCUACACUUGUGGAGUUUGCCUCAAGGUGCUGCCUGACCUGUAUCAACUUAAGGAGCAUGUCAAAAUUCGGCACUAUCCUUUGACUGGAGGCGAUUACUGCUGUGAUAUUUGUGGGCGGCCAUACUCAAAUAGGUCCAAAAUGUCCCGGCAUCGUACAAUACAUUUCUCUCUACCCGGUGAAGAUGAUGUUGAAACACCAGUUGAAGAUGACACACCGACUAAAAAACCAGUGGCUGUCAAAAGCGAACCAGUGGAAACUUCAGUGAAGAGCAAAGGAGGAAACUAUCACUGUGAUGGGUGCCCAAAUCGCACUUUCUCAUCUCGAGAAGAAUUGAUUCAGCACCGAAGGGCUGAUCAUGGAAUGCUCACAUGUGAUCUUUGUGACAAAUUUUAUGGUCGCACAUCACAUUUGUGGAAGCACGUAAAUAAGAUGCAUAGGGGGCAUCCUUCCGUCACAUGUACGCACUGUGGGAAAAUAUCAGCAUCUAAAUCUCACCUGCGCAGUCACGUCCUUAAACUGCAUCGUCCUGGUGUUCUUGGUCAUGUGGACUAUGCAGCUACGGCUCCACCAACUCCACCAACAUCACAAUCAAAGUCUGAGCGUGUAUUAGGACCACAGGCCUGCCCACAGUGUGCCAAAGUGUUCUGCAACCGCUAUAGGAUGUUGCGUCACCUCAAAAGUUGCAGAACAACAGCCUCCACUAAGGCACAUCAUUUAUCUGGUGGUGAUUCACCAAACUGGGAUAUUGUACCAAAAGGACCUGUCUCUUGUCAGUCAUGCUCUAAGAUAUUUACAACAAGGAAGGCCUUGAGAGAACAUGAACGCAAUAUUCAUGCAACUUAUGACUGCGAGCUGUGUGGUUCUGUUGGCUUGCCAAGCAAGACAGCUAUGCUUGAACAUGUGAUGAUAGCUCAUAGAGAACAAUUAACAUGUGCCUUUGAGGGAUGUGGUGUUGUCCUGAGGUGUGGUGCAGAUCGAGAAAAACAUGAGAAGCAACAUAAAGAAAACCGCACUCCUCCAACAUGCCGGAAAUGUGGAGAGAUUCAUGAUAGUAGGGUCCGCUUGAGAAAGCAUUUGCUGACACAUCACAAGGUUGCUUCAAGUUCCAUUUGCUGUGUUUGCAUAGCAUCCUUCCCAGUACCUGAAGACCUUCAAGCCCAUGUUAACUCAGAACACCCCACUAUUGUCAGCCGUGCUCACACAUGUCAAGUGUGUGCCAAAACUUGUGGCACACGUUCUCGCCUUGUGAAACAUGUCAAAAAUGUUCAUGAUGGAGCUGACCGGCUGUGCACUGUCUGCUUGGGAUAUUUCAAGAGUCCAGAGGAACUGCAGAAGCAUGUUGAAGAAAAGCACCUGAAGGAAGAAGAAGAUGCCGAAGAGGAGAGUGAUGACUCAUCUUCCGAUGACGAAAAUGAGAAAGAGGAUAAAAAUCACAUUGAGGAAGAAGAUGAUGAUGAUGACGACGAUGAUGACGACGAUGACGACGACGAAGACAAUGACGAGGGGGACAGUGAUGGAGAUGAUGAGGAUGAAGAAGAGGAGAAUGAUGGUGAAGAUGAAGAAGAAUCUCAAGAAUCGCACUCAGAAGAAAAGUCUGUUGAAGAAAACUCAAAAGCUGAUAGUGACAUGAGUGAGCUUGCCAUGAAUGGAGUGGACUCAAAACCAGUGCAUAAGCGGAUUAAUAAUAGGAAUGUGGACUCUCAAGCAUCUGAAGUCUCAUCGGGUUCAGAUGAGGAAGUUGCCACCCAACUUUUUACAAAUCCAGAAGGGAGACCAAGGAGGUCAUACAAGUGCAAUCUUUGUAAAGAAACAUUCCGGUUGCCAGCACUUCUCAUGCAACAUCAAAAUCAGAGGCAUCGAUCAAACUCCACCCCAUUCCAGUGUGAAUCGUGUGAUAAGAAAUUUUCCAAUGAACUGAUUUAUUCAAAGCAUGUUAAUUUAUGCAAACAAGGCAGGAGUUCGAUAUUGCAAAAGACCCUAGAAUCAGGUAAAAUGGCUUUCAGAGAAGAGUCUAAAGAAGUGGCACAGUUUGCUGAUAUGGCAGGGUUCAAUGGUCACUUCCUUGAAGGCGGUGAUGAUGGUGGCAAAGAUGCUGCUGGGAGUUCGUCAUCGCGGCCUAACAGGGUUCAGCGCAAAGUAUAUGGUGAAAAUGAAGGACCUAUUCACUGCGAGCUUUGCAACAAGGUGUGGCCUUCAUUAAGGCAGCAGUGGCAACAUCUCAUACGAACACAUCGAGAAGCUGCUGCUACAACAUGUGGAGUGUGUCUUGAGAUAUGCACAGAUUAUUCAUCCCUGAAGACCCACCUAAAUGAAAUGCAUCCUGAUACAUGGGAAGGCGAAGGCAAAAAUUUUACGUGUAGAGUUUGUGGUCGCUACCACAAUGCCCGAUCCAAGCUUGAGCUACAUAACAGUAUUCAUCUUGGACUUGAAAAUGAAUUAGCUCAAUCCUCUACUUUGCACAGUUGUCCAACUUGUUUCAAAGCAUUCUCAACAGAAGAUGAACUUAAACAGCACAGUGUUACUCACCAGCAAUCUCGCAGACCCAAACCAGAAGCAGAAGAGAGUGAUAGCGAGUCAUCAGAUGAUUCUGACGAUGGUGACGAUAUGGAAUUAUUUGUAUGUCCCAAGUGCUCAAUGGUGUUCCAAGCCAAAGAUGCUCUUGCUAAACACAUCAAAGCAAAUUGUGAACAUUCUUUAGGUCAAUCCUCUAAACAGGAGACAUUCUCAUGUGAGCGAUGCAACACGGCCACCUUCUCUUCGUACUUAGAUUUGACAAAACAUUACAAACAGUGUUCAGAAAGGAAUGAAACAGAAACUAAACCUGUUGGCAAGGCAAAGGAAGAAUCUGACCAAUCAAAUGGGGUUGAUGCAAAUGAAGAUAGUUCUGAUAGUAGUUCCAGCAGCAGAUCAGAUGGAAGUAGUAGCAGUAGUAGUUCCAGUAGUUCGAGUAGCAGCUCGAGCAGUUCCGAUGACGACGACUCAGAUGAGGCAGAAGAAGGCCAGGCUGGUGGUGGGGACGAUGACUCAGAUGAUGAGAAAGCUGAAGGUUCUCUCUCAUCAUAGUAGGUAGGAUUUUCUUCAAUUGGUAAGUGCUUAGUCCUUUUGCUUACUUUAAUCCUGGCAUAAGAACUCCUGCAUUACCCUCUGUCUAACUCUGGCCAUGGAAUCAACCAAUCAAGACUCAGGAUUCAACCAAAUGCAUCAUUUUGGUGUUUUCUACCAUAAGAGCAUUGUUGCAUGUUCAAUGGAUACUUUUAAAUUAACACUUUCCCAAUGUUACUUAACUAAUACUCAUGGGCAAAAUUGCUCAUGUUUUUGAAGAGAAAAUGUUUUGAUUGCCCUUGAUUAUAGCUCUCGUAGCUCAUUUGUGUACUGUGCCUCAGGCCCCUCCCCCUGGAAAAGAAAAACUUCAACAAAACUGUUUCUUAUUAUUAGUACAAAAUUAAAUUUGUUUGUUAUUUUGUUUCUCUUGGCUCAAAUUUUGUGACUGUUUUGGGAUAUGUGACUUGUGUGAGAAAACAAAGACUGAGAUAUGCCUCUUACAUGUCACAGAGUGUUGUAGCUUACUUUAAUACUGAUAGGGCCCGACUAGUAAUGCUGCCUACAACUGCAACAAAAGCUUCCUGUUUCGUUAUAGAUCCUGAUAUGUUUUCUAGCCGCAGCUAAUGCACAGAUUGGUUAUGACUGCUCAAAGUGCUUUUGGGUGACAUUCAUCAGAGUUUUAAAAAGGAGCCUUAAAUGGAUGCAAGUCAACCCUUCAUUUUAUUGUUUUUUUUUUGUUUUUUUUUGUUUAUCUUAGUUUUUUUUUCCUACUAUAAGUAAACAUGUGAUGCAUUAUCAAUUUACAAAUAAAGUUUACAUGGAAUCUUAUUGACUUUCUACUUCAGAUAUUUUAUUUGGCAAAGCGCAACUCGGGCGGAUGUAAUUAUUGCCAACACUUGGCAGUCUUGGUUUAACAAACAAUACUAAACAUCUCUUGAUGCUUAAAACUUGAAGCAAUAUUCACCCUAGUAUUGUAAUGUGUCUUACAACAGGUUUUAUCAUUCCUUCAUAGGUGUGUAUAAGUAGAAAUACUAUGUCACUAAUUUAUUCAUGUGAACACCAAUCAUUAAAAACUGUAAUUUGCUUGUUAUUUUGUCGUGAAAUAUGCCAAUCAGUACAAUUGAUAUUCAUGCGUAACUUGUUUCCUUGAUCUGUAUGGCUCUUUGUAUAGUUUAAACUAGGUUUGAAUCUCAUCCCUUUGGAUAAAGACUGCAUCUUAGAAUAUCAUGUCUUUUGUCUUGCAGGAAUGGGAACAUGUUUGCAAAGUGUAUAUUUUUCUCUAAAAUAUCUAUUUGUCUCUGUUUUUAAAUUUUGUAAUGCUUGUCACAAACUGUUGUCAUAAUUUUAAACAAAUUGUCUUCUACCUUAACUAUAGUGUAGGUGAUUUUCAUAGUUUAAUUUUGACAACUUAACUUGAAUAGGCAUUACAAGAAGCUAUUUUGAGUAUUGAAAGUACAGUCAUUCCAUGUGUCUACCCUCUUAAUCACUAACCAAAUCCUAGUCAGUAGAGCUUUUUACCGUAAUAAUACAAAAUUUGUUCAUUCCAUUUAGCACUUAAAGUUGAUGAGACUUAAUUUUAUCUCUUUAAUCAAGAGGAUGUGUGCAAUCCCAAUAUUUUAAGCUAGAUUUGUCAAUAACAUUUUCGAUUUGUUUCUGCAGCACUCUCACUGCAUAUUUGCUAACUGAGCUUGUUUCUCUGACCUUACAAAUUAAUACAUGUAAGGUGUAUGGUUCUUCUUCUCGCCUUUUUUUGUUUUGUUUCUUUUUUGUUGAUGUACUGUGCUUGAAAUCAUAUGCCAGUCACUGUUUAUCAAUUAAGACAGAAUGUUUGUAUUUAGUUUUGCCAUAUUAAUUGUAAUUUUAGUAUGAACAUGAUGAGCACUUCAACUUGCUAACUUCUUUAUCAUACCGGUGUCAAGGUUCAUUUAAAACUAUUAUUGUUAUUCAUAUUAUUUGUUUAAUCCUGGAGAUGGACAUGUAAUUAAACAAAGACACUUUAAGUUUUCAAUUUUAAGUUACCAAGCAUGUUCUAGCAAAGAGCUUGAGGCUUUUUGAAAACAAUCUGUGAUUUUAAACAGAUGUUUUAUGAUCUGUACGAUAAAUCAUGCCAUCUAAAUAUUUAGUUGACCAGCAAGUUAAUGCUUUGUCAUGAUUUUUAAUAUUUGUUGGCAUGGAAAGAUAGACACUUCUGUCUACUGUGAUGAGACAAAAGCAAAGCAACAUUUAACAUUGUAUGUGUUUUGUUUGUAUCUCCUGUAUCUCCACUUUGCUUUCCUUUUUUACUUUUUUAUUUAUAGAUUUUAUGUGUAACUUAUGUGUGGGGGAAAUACUGCCGUCCAUAAUAGCUCAGAAUCCAAGCCCUGUCCAUAGGAACUACAUUGCUAUACAUGUCGUGUGUUCUUCUUUCAAGGCUGUAAAAUCAUCAAUCAAAGGCUGGAUUAUUGUAUUACUAGAGACUAACUGCUUCUAGCCCUGAGCAUUCUUUUCAUGCCCCUUGUCCUCUUGUUGAUGAUUAAUCAGAUGACCCUUAUGGUUCAUUUUUUCUCAAGGACUGGUGGUGAUAAAGCAUUAAUUAAUUUGAUUCUUUUUCCGCAUCUUCAACAAUUGCCCCCUGCUUUUUGUAGAUUUCAUUAAGUUUGAUGUCUUUUGAUGAUUUACUGGCUGGAAUGGACCAAUUGUAUCUGUCACAUUGAUGGAAAUACCAUUGUCUACUUAGAGAUGCUAGAUAGUUUCUCAUUUGCAAAAGCUAUUUGCGGAGGUCACUGCCUGUUAAGUAGUUAGUAAAUAUCACAAUACUUUUGGAUGACUUUUGGUGUUGGAACUACAUUCUCUCUAUCACUUGUCAUUUCUCAAAGGUACCGUACUGUCAAUCAAGGUCAUACGUGUAACUUCUUAUUAGGAAUAUUGCCCCACUUUUGUGAUCCGAUUAUCAAUGUUUUACUUGUGUAGUUAUCUCCAUUCAGAAAUGCAUUGCACUUGUUGCUGUGAACACACUUCAUUCUAUAUGGACAUGAGCUCAUGCUUGGUAUCUGUUCUGUUCUAAUCCAGUAAGUCUAUGACAACUUAACUUUAUUUUGUAAUAAACUUUGGUUUAAGUGCUGUACAACUUGUAAAUAUUUAGGAUUAAUGGCCUGGUAUAGUAUUAUAUUUACUUGUCAUGUGCAAGACAAACAACAUGUUGGAGAAGAUAGCUUUUAUCCUAACUUUUUUGUUCUCUCUUCAAAUGUAGUAUUUAUAAUUCUA